AUGAAGCUGCGCCCAAUGUCUCUAAAUCGAGGUAAGGUAUGUACGAGGGCGGCCUCUCUUCAUCUCCGUUUACUCCUAUUCACUCUAUCGCUCUUCCACGUCUCUCAUCCUUCCUAUUCAACAGUCUACAACACCUUUCCCCAUGUCUCGGCUCUCGAGGCGUCACAGCAGACACACACACACAUGCGUAUCCAAGGAUCCCCAAGUCCCAAAAACGACGCUACGCCCAAAGCUUGGCACGGGUGA